GAGACGAGCCAACCCUCAGCUCGCUCCAGAUCGGCUCGUUUACUGCCCUACCAAGCAAGAGGCCGAGGCGAACUCCUAGCAGCAGGCCAGCAGCCACCCGCCCUCCAUUCUCAUAAGCAGUCUCCUCUAGCGGCGGCGGCUUCAGGGUUUCGCUUUUCUCUCGUUCCUUGCGCUCACAACUCAAUAUAUGCUUUCUCUUACUUUUUCUUGAAGCUCUCACCUCCCGAGUCGAAGGUCAAUCAAAUUUUUUUGUAAUCCACUAAUUUCUGGGAGUGUUCAAUUUUUUAGGGAAAUGAAUUCCUCAAAUGAAGGGAGGCAUGAUGAUGAGGCUGCACUGACUGAGUUUCUCUCCUCACUGAUGGAUUACACUCCCACUAUCCCCGAUGAGCUUGUGGAACACUACCUGGGUAAAAGUGGCUUUCAAUGCCCAGACUUGCGAUUAACAAGGCUUGUUGCUGUAGCCACCCAGAAGUUCAUCUCCGAAGUUGCAAAUGAUGCACUUCAGCAUUGCAAAGCAAGGUUAGCUGCACCAGUUAAGGAUAAGAGUAAGCAGCCGAAGGAGAAGCGUCUUGUUUUGACAAUGGAUGACCUUUCAAAAGCUUUGCGAGAGUAUGGCGUGAAUUUGAAACACCAAGAGUACUUUGCUGAUAGCCCUUUGACUGGAAUGGAUCCUUCAUCAAGAGACGAGUGAUUGAAGAAAAACCCUACAUUUCUAAGGCUUUUUCUCAACUCAAUAGGACUAAUUAUGAAUAGCUUAUUUGCGUCCUGGUUGUGACCCAAAUCUAUUUAUCAUAUUAUUAAUUUGUAAAUUCUGCUGCACCUUAACAUCCAAACAUGUCCCAUGCAUUCAAAUAAAGAGCACCAAUGUUAGUUUUGUACCAGGUGACAUUGUUAACGUUUUUCAAAUUGUAAUGCUUCAUGAACAAAACCCGUUAUGUGCUUUGUUAUUGUCUCUAAAAGUGUUUUUUUUA